AUGGCCAUGACAUUGCCCCUCCGCCACAUUCUCCUCGCUUCCUCCAUGCCCUCCGCCCUCCACCCUCCGCCCGUCCACACCACAGGUGAUGGUAAUCGUGUGCCGACAAAGGUGCUCCCGGGAACGACUCCGUUCGAAGCAUGGACCGGAACGAAGCCGAAUCUAUCCCUCCGACGCACCUUUGGGUGUCUUUGCUAUUACCAUACCCCGGAUCCCCUUCGCCACAAGUUGCAACCGAAGGCUCGUGCGGCGAUAUUCUUGGGAAUUGCGGCGAACGAGCGUGCGUGGCGAGUGUGGGACUUGGGUGAAAGGCGCAUCGUCACAUCUCGAGACGUUGUCUUCGACGAAGACAAGUUUCCGACGAAGGAGAAACCAACUCAACAAGUUACCUUCAUCCUUCCGGCACGAGAGGAGGUUGAAGAAAGUGAGGUUCCACCUCAAGUGGAAAAGGAAGCCGAGAAUGGAGGGGGGGAGAACGAGGAGAGCGAUGACGACGUGGUGGAGGUGUCACCAACCGCGGCAACAACUUCCUCUACACCUUCCUCCCUACCAUUGGCCUUGACUCGCGAGCGUCGCGAGGUUCGUCCUCACCCCAAGUACAAAGACUAUGCUACGGUAACCGUUGGGGAGAUGGAUAAGGAGGGCGCGGCAUUUUGCUUCGCGACAAAGGGUGAUGAUGGACAUGCGGAAUCUCUCAUGGAACCAUCCCCUAAAGAUCCAUCCCGUACGUGCUACGAGGAUGAUGGAUUGCACACCUAG